CGCGCAGCCCCGCGCCAGGCCGGGAGGCGCAAAGCACCGCCUGGAGCUGCGGGAGGAGGCGCCGGGCUCGCCCCGGCCCGGCCCGACCUGCGCCCCCGCCUGUGGCUCCCUGCGCGGCUCGGGAAAGGGUGAUGUCGGGAGCCGGGGGCUGGGCCCUGCGGCGGGAAGAGGGAGUGGCCAGGUUCCUGUCAAAACCAAACUACACCGGUGCCGUUCCUGGCCGGGAGCGUCGCCUCCUGGCACCGUGAGGGCUCCCGCUGCAGAGGCGGUGGUGUCGCUGCCGCUUUUCCAGCGAUUCCGUAGCUCAGUGGGGCGGCGCAGAAAUUCCCUCCCGUAGCGUUCUUGCCGUUCGUCAGCUGAGUCUGCAGAGCAUGGCCACCUCCCGCCCAAGACCUGAGGCGAAACCGGCGAGGAUGUCCGGGCAGGCCCCCAACCGCAGCGCCAGGGGGGCGAGCGGACGAGUGUCCGAGACGGAGCCGAAAGGAGGACGGGUCGUGAAGUCGCGCUAUCUGCAGUGCUUUCAGAAGGACGGCGAGAAGGGUAAUUCAGUACAUUCUUUUUCGACAUCCACUGCUAAAACAUCCGCUGCCACUAAACCCAGAUCAGUGCCUCGGAAACGUGGCGCUUCGGCUGGUCGUGUCCCUGGCUCAUUAAACCAAAGCAGUUUUGAGAAAGGUGACUUGCAAUCCACUUUAUUAGAUGAAGAUAAAAGUAGUCGACCAGAGCUUGAUCUUUCACCUGUUACUGAUAAAAGUGCUUGUGAAGAGACUCAUCAUUCAAAACCUGUUUGCAAAGGAGCUACUGGGACACGUAAAAGCCGAGCAAAAAAGAAGGGAAAUGAUGAUGUUGUGAUUGAAGAGCUGGAGUCUCUGACACUGCUUUUAACUUACCUAAGAAUAAAGGCAGAAAAAAAUCUUGCUGAGCUGGAGAAAAAAACAGAAGAGAACUUGUUAAGGUUAUGUGAAGAAAAGGAGAGACAGCAGGAGAAGCUCUGGGAGCUGAAGCGUGAAAUUCUACUCAAAGAGAGAGAGCAGAGACUAGAGGAAGCAUUAGACAAACAGAUGGAUGUACUUUCCCCCCUUGUUGCUGUUUGUGAACAGUUUAAGGAGCAAUAUAAAAACUUUGCUACUUCGCUGGAUGCCGCUAGACAUAAAUUACCCAUCAGGAAUAUUCACAUAGAAGGAGAUGCACAAACAUACCUUGAUGGCCUGCAGAAGGAGUUAACUGUCACACAGGAACUUCUGGCAGAAAUUAUGCCACGCUACUCAGAAGAAAGCACACAAGUGUUUGGGGUACUGAAAGACCUUAAAGAAGUCUCUCAGAAACUGGAUCAAGAGAUUCAAAGGAGCUCCACACAAGUGCAGAACCUGGCGUUUGAAGUUAGUAAAGAAGUUUCUCUGUGUAACCAAAGAAAAUGUGAAGAGCAGCAUGGACCAGAUGUUGUAAGAGACUGGUACUUCGGCUAAGUUUGUGUCUUGUUUGACAAACGAGCGGGUUCUAAAGCAACGAGACCAUGCUUCUGUGUGAACAUACAACUUGUCCAAUUUUCAGUCAGUCAUACAACUUACCAACACUUUCAGGCUGUGUGAGCACUGUAAGCAUGUGUGCUUCCUAAAAUAAAGGGAGUUUUCUUCUGCAUUCUGCCCAUAAGGAGACCUCCUUUUUGAGUGCAAAUUUCUUUGACACCUUCUGCUUUGACAACACUGAAAGUAUUUUCUUGGCAAAUAUGACCUAUGUAUUCUUAAAGUUCUUGUUUGCCUUUCUUGGAAGUAGCUCCAAGACUGAUUUAGACUUUUCAGACUGAUUUCCAUCUUUUUCCCAAGUAGCAUUCUUUAGAGGGCAGUGUACGAGAACGCCAGUGGAUCAGAAAGAGCCUGGUCACUUCCACCAAGUGAAAACUUUGUUAACUUUGUGGCUGAUUGUCUUGGAAAUGAAUUAUUAAAACCAUCAAUGUUUUUGUAGUAACCUGCCAUCUUCUUUUUAAGGACUUUAUUCUCUUUAAUAAUAAAGAUUACUUUCCACUGCUUUA